AUGAGCGUCGCCGCAGCAGAUGGGCUGAACGACGUUUACGAGUCCCUGGAGCAGUACAACUGGGACGACGAUGCCGAGUUCCAGUCGGGUCUGAGUGCAAUUCUGGGCAGCAACGCCUCGCCCGAGCAGGCCUCUGAACUGACACUGCGGGCGCGAUGCUUCUACUAUGCUAGAAAAUACAACACCAACGUCGACUUCGACGCCUACAAAGCCUACCGCAAUGCGCGCGGCCGCCCCGCUCUCGUGCCCAACGGCGUGCAAGCUCCCCCCGCCGCAUCUACCGACACCGCAGGCGGCAUUCUCCCAGAAGCUUCGGCGAAUGUGGGCGAGCCUCCAGCGCCCUAUCCUACGUCGUUCGCACACAUCGUAGAGCUGGUCACCACCGGACAGCCCAUACCAGGCAUCAAGGAGAUACCUGACACGCUCCUCACCGGACAAGCCUCGCGAGCCACACAGUCAAGGCGGAAGAAGCCAUGGGAAAAGGACGAGGCUCCUAAUGAAGCUACAACAACGACAUGACGAUGUAU